CAAGCUUGCCAGUCGUGCAAGGUCAGGCUCGCGGACGGACAAGACACGACCCACCCGAAAGCCAGCAUGCCAGGCUUGAACGAGUACACGUACGGGGGCCAGGAGCUGGAGGUGACGGAGGACAUGAAGGCGGCGUUUGACCGAGAUGGCUUCGUCACCAUCAAGGGCCUUCUCAACCCACAGGAGUUGGCUGUUGUUCAGACAGGAGCUGACAUGGCAAGAGUGCAGGAACUGGAGAAAGUUCUAGAGAAGGUCUACGUGGAGCUGGACCCCGGAGAUGCGCUGUUCUUCCACUGUAACCUUCUGCACUGCAGCUCGCAGAACCUGAGUGACAGACGACGAUGGGCUAUCCUGUCCUGCUACAGCCGCAAACACAACAGUCCUUACCAGAAGAUCAUCCACGCGCUGUACCAGCCCUUGAACAUGGUUGAUAACGACGCUGUUGUCAAGCAAGGCGUUUCCAGGGAACUCAAAGGGAAGGAAGUCAUGAUGCAGUUUGACGGAGAGUUUCGCCCCAUUGUUCCGUGAUGCUUUGCAGUAUAAUUCAAAGCCUUAUCCAGUAGUACAGUACUUUAUAGACACAAUAAAAGAAAUAAAAGCUUAUAAUGUAAACAAAUGUA